AUGGUCGAGAAAACUCUAGACUUUUUUGCAUCUACCAUGAAAGCUGUGAACGAAGAAGGAAAGAACAUAGUUCUGUUAGUGGCAGAAAAGAGGAAGAACAAGAUUUAUCAAAUUUUGUGUGAAAAUAAUGAAGACCCUUAUAGGAGUGCAUUUAGUCUAGUGGACAAAAAUGGAAAUACCGCAUUGCAUUUGGCAGCCAAGCUUGGAGUCAACCUAAAUAUGCAGACAACUACCAUGGUGGAGGAAUUCAAGUGGCUUGAGUUAGUAAAAAGUUCAGUGCCUCCUGAACUGUGGGAGGCGCCCAGCAAUGAUGGGAAAAGAGCAGAAGAAAUCUUUAGAGAAAGUUUCGAGCAGCAAAUGACAAGGGACAGAGAGUGGGUAAAUCAGAUCUCAGAAGCAUGUUCUGUAGUGUCGACCUUAGUGGCAUCCAUGGCCUUUGCCAAUGUGGCAGUCAAUUUCCAUAAAAAGAACUACUCAUCGCUUUUGGCCCUUUCCUUGUCCCUCACUCCCGCCAUCUCCUUCUUGUCCAUACUUGCUUUUCGUUCUCAAUCUCUUUACCUUUGGAGAUAUGUUCCUUUCAGGCAUCACCUUGCUAUUUUGACCAUGUUCGGCUCCAUUGUUGCUCUGUGGAUCUCUCUCACGCUCCAUGACCACUCUUUUAAAACUUAUGCAAUUAUUGGCUUGCCAAUCGCCCUCCUUACCAUUUUCUCACUACCCACAUUCAUUGGUCCUGCGUUGACGUAUAUGUUUACCGAAAUUCCAAUCGCUAACCGCAAGACCAUAGGUGCCAUCCGAAGUACCAAGAAUUUGAACCCGCCACAUUAA